GUUUGGCUCAUUUCUUGAAACUGAGAUGACAUUCUCAAAACAACAUGGACAAAUCCCCAAACUAACUUGCAGUUUCUCACAACAGAAUGGCAUUUAUCAUUGCUUUCAUCAAUAUUUCAAAUGCUUUGUACAUGUCUCAAGCAUUUAGUACAUCCAUGCAAAUGGCUAUGUACAAGUAUCCUAUAGUUAACACAAUCAGCCUACAUUUAGUACAUUUUUCAAAUGAAUGUAUCUUGCUGAUCUAUCCCAGUUGGUUGGUUCUCAGUGUAAUGGUCAUUGUCCUCAAAACAUGUCAGCACAUUUUCAUCGUAUAAGUCAUCAUAUGCAGAAUAGUCUGCUCAAUUGUCAAAAUAGUGUUAGGAAAUUGGAAUAGAAUACAGUACAUAUUUUGUAAGAUGUCAUAGUAAAUUUAGGAUAAUCAUGUUAGUAGGUAAUAGAUGAAAUCAGUUUCUGACUAACGAAGGAGGAGUGUCCCACUUUGCAGGUGACCAAUCCAUCUGUUUGUUGAGUUACCUGACAGGUGUUAUCUAUGUUUUGGAGUGCUGGCAUUGCUGUAUAUAUACAGCUUGGCCUGGUGCUAGUACUUUUUCCUAUGUCAACAUGGAGAGAGAGCAAGUGCAUCAACCAGGGCAAUCUCCACUUGGAGGAAGAGGAAGAGAAGGAAGAGGAGGUGGAGGAUUGAGGGUGCGUGGAGGUAGAGGAGAGGGAAGAGGAGGAGGAGUGAGGGUUCGUGGUGGUGGAAUAGGAGGAAAUAGAGUUCGCAGACAUCAUGUUGUCCCAGAUGAAAUUCGGGCCACCAUUAUUGAUCAUGUCAUCAACCAUCACCUCACAAUGGCAGAGGCAGGGCGCAGAGUGCAGCCUAACGUGCCACGCUCCACAGUUUCCUCCAUCAUUCAAACCUUUCGGCGGGAAAACAGGAUUGGCCGACAACCUCAUGCGGGUGGAAGAAGAAAACUUCUAACCGAUCGCCAAGAACAGGAGAUCUGUAACAUGGUGAUAGCAAAUAAUGCCAUAACACUGACACAGAUCCGGGAUGCAGUCCUCCAAAACAGUGGCGUCUUCCAAAACAUCAACUCCAUCAGCAUAUCAACAAUAGACCGGGUUCUGAAGAAGAACCUAAUCACCAUGAAACAGAUAUACAGAGUACCAUUUGAUAGGAACACUGCCAGAGUAAAAGAGCUGCGGUACCAGUAUGUGCAGAGAAUCCUGGCACUGGAGGGGAGUGAAACACCACACAUCCUAGUGUUUGUUGAUGAGGCAGGCUUCAACCUGGCCAAGGGCCGCAGGCGUGGCCGAAACAUCAUUGGCCAGCGGGCCACAGUGGAUGUCCCAGGCCAGCGGGGGGGAAAUAUAACCAUGUGCGCGGCUAUUUCAGAAAAUGGUGUGGCCACCCACACUGCAAGCUUGGGCCCGUAUAACACAGAGAAACUCCUCCGUUUCCUGGACCAACUAUAUGUAUAUUUGGUCCCAGAAAAUGAGAGGGGUCUCGAAGGGCCCCACCUACCCCAGUUUGUCAUUGUAUGGGACAAUGUUAAUUUCCUCCGUGGUCCACGCAUCCGGGCAUGGUUCAACAUGCAUCCAAGAAUGCAUAAUGUCUUGUUACCACCAUAUUCUCCAUUCCUGAAUCCUAUCGAGGAGUUUUUUCUCUGCUUGGAGAUGGAGAGUAUAUGAACACCAUGCCGAAAACCAGAGGUCUCUCCUCAAUGCUAUGGAUGCUGCCUGUGAGGAUAUAACAGGUGAUCAGUGUAGAGGAUGGCUCAGGCAUUCACGACACUUCUUCCCACGCUGCAUCUCAAGAGAAAACAUCAGAUGUGAUGUUGAUGAGAAUCUGUGGCCGAACAGAGCACAGAGAAUGGAUGGCCAGGAAGAUGAGGAUGGUGACCAGGCGAGAGAGGGGAGUGACCGCGACUAAACAAAAUGUCUUCAUUUGUGACUCUUUAUUUACAGUAUUCAUUUUUUGUUUGUUUUUGUGGGUUUUUGUAUUUUGUGUACACAGUAUACACAGC